AUGGCGAAGGAAUUCACUUUAACACUUUUUGUCUCUACCACAACCAUCCUCACCAUCUCCCAACUACCCCACCCUCGCCCUCUCCCAACGAUCCCCAUCCUCAACCUCUCCAAACCACCCUCACCCUCUCCCAACCACACCUUCGCCCUCUCCCAACCACACCCUCAUCCUCUCCCAACCACACCUUCAACCUCUCCCAACCAACCACACCUGCACCCUCUCACAACCACACCCUCACCCUGUCCCAACCACCCUCACCCUCUCACGACACCCUCAACCUCUCCCAACCACCCUAAUCCUCUCCCAACCACACCCUCUCCCCCUCACCCUCUCUCAACCACCCUCAUCCUCUCCCAACCACCCUCACCCUCAUCCUCUCCCAACCACCCCCACCCUCGCCUUCUCCCAACCACACCCUUAACCUCUCCCAACAAUCCUCACCCCCUCCCAACCACCCUUAACCUCUCCCAACCACCCUCAUCCUCUCCCAACCACACUCACACUCUCCCAACCACCCUCAACCUCUCCCAACCACCCCCACCCUCGCCCAUACUCAACCACCCUUAUUCUUACCCUCUUCCGACGAACAUCACCCUCAUCCUCUCCCAACCAACCACACCCUCACCCUCUCCCAACCACCCUCACACUCUCCCAAUCACCCUCACCCUCUCCCAACCAACCACACCCUCGCCCUUUCCCAACCACACCCUCAACCUCUCCCAUCCAUCCUCACCCUCUCCAAACCAUCCCACCCUCACCCUCUCCCAACCACCCCACCCUCACCCUCUCCCAAACCACCCUCGCCCUCUCUCAACCACCCUCAUACUUACCCUCUCCAACCACAAACACCCUCACCCUCUCCAAACCAUCCCACCCUCAACCUCUCCCAACCACCCUCACCCUCUCCCAACCACCCUCACCCUCUCUUAA